AUGAAAUUCAACAAGAGGAAGAAAUUCUUUAAAAUAAAAAAAAAUAACCAUGGUAAUAAGAAAAAGGAGGAGGUUUAUGAUUCUGAAGUAGAAUCCGAUGACAUACUGACAUCUGAUGCUUCUGAAGGUAGGAACAAACAGAUGAGUGCAAAAAAAAAGAAAAGACAUCAUGCACUAUCAACUGAAAGGAGUAGUAACAGAUCAGAUGAAGAUGCAACAGAUAAUAGUGACGACUCAAAUGGAGACGAAAAUGAUGAAAAUGUUUUCAACAACCCAGAGGAAAGGAAAAUAUAUCUAGCGAAAAAAUACCUGAGAGAUAUGGGCGUUAAAAGUAGUGAUGAUAAUGAAUCCCAUGAUGAAUCUUCUGCUAGCAGAGAUGAUGAAAAGAAAUCCGAAUCCAAUUUUAGUGAGAAUAUUUCUUCCUUUGAAAAUGACGAAGAGAGGGAAAAAAUUAACAAAAUGAUAAUGGAAAGGGAGAAGAAAAAAAGUAGGAAAGUUCUUUUAAAUUUGGGAAAUAGGAUAAAAGUAUUUCAUGACGAUAAAUUGUCUUCCAAUAUGGUGUAUAAGAAAGUGCCAAAUUUUAUGAACAGUUCAGGUAAAAACGCAGGAAAUGAUGAAAAUGUGUUUUUUUUCCGAGGACACAAAAAAAGCGUUACUUGCGUGGCAUGUCCUGAUUUUAAUUUGUCAUUUUUUGAUUAUUAUGAUUACGAUUUUGGAAUUAUAGAUAGUUAUGAGAAUAGUAAUACAUAUGCUGGGUACAACAACGGGAAGUUUUAUAAACAGGAUGAUCAUACUUGUGGCAAGCAGGAUGCUUUUGGCACUCACGAUACUAAUGGCACACAGGGUGAUGAUUCCUGGAGUGCAGACAAGUCUUCUUAUAAGAACAUUGAGAGUAUUAUGGAACCGAAGGUUUUUGAAAAUGUGUCUGUGAGCAGAGUGUACACUGGUGGAAAAGACGCUAGUAUCAUUGAAUGGGACAUAAUGAGAGGAGAUAAAAUCCAUAUUUAUAAAGGAAAUCGAAGUUCAUUCAAAGAAUUUGGAAACAGAAAUGGAAUAAGUCAUUUCAAAAGUGUAAUGGAUAUUUAUUGCGAUAAAUUUAAUUCUUUCUUUAUAUCUGUUGGAUCGGACAAUUUAAUAAAUAUAUGGGAUAACAGAAUAAAAAGAGCAUGCACAAAUUCAAUUGUAGGUCAUAAAAAUGUCAUAAGUGCAAUUACAGGAAGUAAUGAAAAUACGGAUGAAUUAAAUAUGGAACAUAAUUUUUUUACAUGUUCAUAUGAUAAAACAAUUAAAUUAUGGGAUUUGAGAUUUUUUGAUAAAUGUUUAAAUACAUAUUUAGGACAUACCAAUAACAUUUUAAGUAUGAAUUCAUUAAAUGGAAACAAAUUAGUUACAAGUGCAAGUGAUUAUACCCUACGUUUUUGGAAUACAAAAAAUGAUAAUCAUAUAUUAUUUAAUUUGAAUUAUGAAAUUAUAGAGUCCUGUUGUACUCUUAAUAAUAAAAUAUUUAUUUCUGGAACGUUUUCUGGUCAUAUCUAUAUUUUUACUUCAUCUUAUAAAAAACCUAUUUGUGUUUACAAAAAUGCACACAAUACAUGUGCAGUAACAGCACUUGUUAGUAUCCCUUUUUCGAAUAUUUUUAUUUCUGGAUCGUAUGAUGGUUAUGUGAAUUUUUGGCAGUAUAAAAGUCUUAGCAAAAUAACAGCUACUAUUCAAAAAAUUCUGACUGUUCAGGUAUAUGGUACUGUAAAUAAAUUUUCCUUUGCACACAAUUAUGCCUAUUUGUUUGUGGCUGUUGGGGAUGAGAUGAAGCAUGGCAAGUGGAUUAGGACAAAGAACAAAAAUGGGGUGGCUGUUAUUCCGCUUCGCUUUUUGUCCUAA